UUGUCUUACUUCCUGUAUAUACUUCCGGGUUUGCGCUAGCUCGUUCGCAUUCGCUUUAAUCAUAAUAAACCACCAGGGAAAGGGAAAACAAAAACAAUUUACUUCCCCCAAACAACGCAAAUUAAAAUGUCGCGUCCAUGCGAUACAUAAUGGCAGAGCAUAAGAGAACGCUGCCGUCACGCAAAGGUGACCAAAAAGCGAAUAAACGCGUGAAUGAGAGCGAAUUAGCCGCUGAGAGCAAACAACUGAAGCUGAAUGAGACGACGACGGUGGUGCAAAGUGUUGAUUUGAGUGGUGGUCAAAAUGCUGAGAUGCGGAGAAGACUCGGAGAGGAUUUCUUCACACAACCUUGCGUCGCUUUGGCCAAAGCUUUCCUCGGCAAGGUGCUGGUGCGGCGGCGAGAGGACGGCACGGAGCUGAGAGGCCGCGUGGUGGAGACGGAGGCCUACCUGGGGGGAGAGGACAAGGCGUCGCACUCUGCGGGGGGCAAGCGCACAGAGAGGAACACGGCCAUGUUCAUGAAGCCCGGCGCCAUAUACGUGUACCCGAUCUACGGCGUCUACCUCUGCAUGAACGUGUCCAGUGAAGGUCGUCGCGAUGGCGCCGCCGUGCUGCUGCGCUCGCUGGAGCCGCUGCAGGGUCACGCCGUCAUGAGGCAGCUGAGGGCCGCCAGACGCAAAGACGGGGCCCGGCCCCUCAAGGACAAGGAGCUGUGCAACGGACCCUCAAAGCUGUGUCAGGCCCUGGACGUCCCGCGCCGCUUUGACCGCCGGGACCUGGCGACCGACCCGGAGGUGUGGCUGGAGGACGCGGAUCUAUCUGCGGGAGACGCCCACGACGGGGUCGUGGUGGAGGCGCCGCGUGUCGGCAUUGAGUCCCACGGGGAGUGGGCCAAGAAGCCUCUGCGGUUUUAUAUCCGUGGGAACGCUUGCGUUAGCGUGGUGGACAAAGUGGGGGAAAGACGAGAGGAUCCGCCCGACCUCCACCGUCAAAAUAUCUGUAACCGUACACAAAUGGACUAAAGUACUGAAACGCAGACUCUGAAUCAAUUCAUUCACUCUGAAUCAAUUCAUUCACUCAACCUUCCCCCCCCCCCCUGUCAGGGUCCAUUUAAAAGCAGUGUUUUUCAACUUUUGAGCCAAGGCACAUAUACUGUAUUAUAUACCGGUAAAAAAGAACAUCCACAAAUUUCACUUAAAGUAUAUCUACUGAAAUAAUGCUGAUGUCAUUUCAGUUUACUCCAAAAUUGACUUAUAGUGUGAAAUAUAGUCCCGUUGAGUUCCACACAAAGCUAUUCCAACAGGUGCAUACAUGGGUUACUUGUACCCUCUGCCAUCUAGUGGAAGAGCAUUGAAUUGUUCUGCCUGUCACUAUACGGCGCUGGCAUAGAUAGAUGAACGAAGAUAUUUGUAUACAUAAAUAUUUUUGGGACCAA